AUGGCUGAUGAAAACUAUACAAGGAUCACAGAGUUUAUUUUCAAAGGCUUAAAGUACCAUCCUCAGAUGCAAGUCUUUCUUUUCUUGCUCUUUCUGCUUUUUCACCUUGUUACCAUGACAGGAAACUUGGGCAUGAUUAUUCUCAUCCGGAUCGAUUCCCGCCUUCACACCCCUAUGUACUUUUUCCUCAGUCACCUGUCCUUUGUGGACAUCUGCUUUUCAUCACUUGUGAGCCCCAAGAUGCUCACUGACUUCUUUGCUGAAAGGAAAGCCAUCUCUUUCCUGGGAUGUGCCUUGCAGCAGUGGUUCUUCGGGUUCUUUGAGGCUAUUGAGUGCCUCCUCCUGGCAUUCAUGGCCUAUGACUGCUACAUGGCCAUCUGUAAACCAUUAUUGUAUUCAAUUGCCAUGUCCCAGAGACUCUGCAUAGAGCUGGUGGCUGGACCCUAUACCUUUGGGUUCCUAAACACCAUGACUCACACAAUGGUUGCUUUUCAACUUCCCUUUUGUCACUCCAACAUUAUCAAUCAUUUCUUCUGUGACAUUAUCUCUCUUCUUUCUCUAGUAUGUGCUGACAUCUGGAUCAAUAAAAUGUUAGUUUUCACUGUGGCUGGUGCUGUACUAAUCAUUAGUAGCCUGACCAUUAUUAUCUCCUAUUUUUACAUCCUUACUGUCAUCCUGAGGAUCUGCUCUGCUGAUGGGAGGCACAAAGCCUUUUCCACCUGCUCUUCUGAUCUCACAGUUGUUUCUAUCUCAUAUGGGACUCUCUCCUUUAUCUAUGUGAGGCCAGGUACAAUUUUUUCUCUGGACAUCAAUAAAAUUUUGUUAGUGUUCUACACAGCUGUAAUCCCCAUGUUGAAUCCUCUCAUCUAUAGUUUGAGAAAUAAAGAAGUAAAAGCUGCCAUACACAGGGCAGUCGCCAAGAGGCAGUUUUGCAUCAGAAGUUAA